AUGUCUGAGAAAAUCACCGCUGAAAACCUUUUAAACACCCUUGUGGAAACAAUUGCUGAGAAGCAAAAAUCUGUAUCAUUUUUUGAAGAAGACAAGUCAAGCUCAGUGAGCUCCCAAUUCAAAAGACUGUUUGGACGCCAGAAACCUGUGCACCAUAUUUUAGGGGGUGGAAAAUCUGCUGAUGUCUUGUUAUGGAGGAACAAGAAGAUUUCUGCUAGUGUUUUAUCUGCAGCAACAGCUACUUGGGUGCUUUUUGAAUGGCUUAAUUACAAUUUCCUAACACUUUUAUUUUUUGUUCUGGCUCUUGGCAUGCUUGGACAGUUUCUUUGGACAAAUGCUUCUAGCUUGUUUAGCAGGAAGCCGUCUAAAGUUCCUCGUUUUGUUCUCCCAGAUGAUUUCUUCACGAACAUUGCGACUGCAGUUGGUGCUGAGGUUAACCGCGGAUUGAGGUUUCUCCAAGAUGUUUCAUGUGGAGGAAACCUAAAGCAAUUUCUAAUUGCUGUAGGAAGCUUAUGGGUUGGUGCUGUGAUUGGGAGCUGGUGCAAUUUUUUGACUGUCAUGUAUAUUGGUUUUGUUGCUGCACAUACACUUCCAGUUCUCUAUGAAAGGUACGAGGAUCAAGUUGACAACUUUGUGUACAAGGUCUUUGAUCAGAUGCAAAAUCACUAUCAGAAGCUGGAUUCUGGUUUGCUCAGCAAAAUCCCCAAGGGAAAGCUGAAAGGAAAGAAGUAUGAAUAG